CGGACAUGUGAUUCGAGAUCUAGACAGUUUGAAAUUCUCUGUUGUGUCGGUUGUCCUAUGAAUUUGUGGUACUAGAAAAGAAAUGGACUUUUUGCUUUUUAAUGUGACUUUUAACUAAUGUGCACUAGAUGGCGCGGAAUAUGGUGUGUGUUUCCGGAACAGAAAUUCAAUGCAUUUUCUAUCACCUUUCCCACCUACUUCUUCCUCAGUUACCACUCAACCAGCGACUACCUACCACGUCAGUUAAAUUUGUUUAACAGUCUUUGAAAUUGUUGAAAUCAAAAUUGCUUCGUUGUUGUAAUGACACAGUGAAGUUCCAAUCACACUGCAAGUGCUAGAAGAAAGUCUGAUUAGUGAAGUACACAAGGAUUAAUAUGUGAAUGUAACAGAAACAUUUCUGUCUGCUGAGUGUUGUGACUUGGACUAUUUCCACUCCUAUGAAGUGAAUCUCAAUUGUCAAGAAACAUUUAUCUACUGUCAAUAGUUAACAUCUAGGCGUACUGGCGUAGCUGUUGGUCGUCGUCAUUCUUCGUCGACUUCAGCUAGUUCGUCGAACUUACCUCCUGAUCAAUACCUGGAAAAUGUAUUGCAUACGGUUACUGUUGUUGGUGAGUUGCGCUACUUUGGCGGCGCUGGUGCAAUCGAGUGACAUCAUUCUAGACGACGCUUCUCUGCGGUCAUCCAUCCUAAGAGACAUCCAACAUUCAAACGCCUCCUGCUUUCCCAAGGACACUUGCCGCACAGAUAAGGUGAGCCGAAUUAGCGAUUCCCCAGACUGGACCAAACGCAAUUGUCUUUGCGACGAUUCGUGCACAAAUUUUGGUGAUUGCUGUCCGGAUUCAAAACGAUUUGAACCUAACCAGCAACGACUAGCGGGAGCUCGCUUCACCUGUUUGCAUCUAAUGCAAUAUAACUUCAAUUGGAUCGUCAAUAAAUGUCCAAGUGAUUGGAAUGAUCCUGUUGUGGCACAUGCCUGUGAAACGGAACCAGCUGAAUGGCAAGUUCAUUUGGACCCCAUUAAUCACAUGCCAGUGACGAGUCAGGUUUCUGGUGUUACUUAUCGAAAUCUGAAUUGCGCUCAAUGCCAUCAAGAUGUGGCCUACGCCAACAGCCAGUCAUCCUCCCUUCGCUUUUGGAAUCCGAGAUUGGAGUGCAACUCCAUAUUAGCUGGGAGCACAAUUCUUAACACAAUGAACAAAGAUACUCUGGCUUCCAAGAUUGAGUGGGAUAAUGAACAGAAGAUGUGGGGACUUAUGGUCGAUAUCGACGGCAAAGGUGAACAGUUUCAUUCUUGCUUUGUUGAUCCGGCCCUACCUGAUGACCUGCAGUCUUAUUUGCGGCCUUGCCAACCUUCGAUGAACGAAUGUCCCUUGGAAUGGGAAGAUGAAGACGUUCGCAGCAAGUGCCUAUCGUACACGUCCUUCGUGUACACACCACAAGAAAUCUACCGCAACGUCCACUGUGCAAUUUGCAACGGUGUCCUACCAGAGGAACUGUCGUGUAAUUCACAUGGCAUAACCUUUCGUAAAUUGCCGGAUGCACGCGAAUUCAAUCCUUCCGCGUUCGCCCUUCUUUUCGAUUUGAAAGACAACGACGGCAAUGGAAUUGUUGGAAAAGAAAAAAGUUGCCUGGAUGGCCAACUUUACGAUCCCUUUUCGCGAAAGUGUCGUACCGUUUACUGUUCGCAACCUGGCACGUUCUAUCGCGAAGGACGUUGUUAUGGAUUACCCCCUAAUCCUUUAUCGGACACAACAACAACUACUACUACAACAAGUACUACUACAACCAUUGCCGAUGAUGUAACAGCAGUUACCGACGCCAACGAAGUCGUAUUUCCUAAGCAAAAGGAUUCUAAAGGUUUUUAUACCGAAGAACUGGCCAACUCAUCAGCACCUCAGUUGCCGGAGAUUAUACUGAAUAUUGCUGAUCCUUCAACUGAGAUUUCCACCAUGGAAAACGAAGGUUUUCCGACAACAACAACAACUCUCAGUUCGAUAAUUCCAGUGAACAUGACCGAUGACGCCCAGAGUUCGACAGAGACGAAUUUUACUUCGUGUCCUAAAUUUCUUCUUUCGGAAGACGAAGUAGAAUGGCUGGAAAACGGCACCCUUUAUGUCCCCUCACACGAAAAACCCUAUGAAGUGGGUCACUACGAAAAAUCGAAGGACGGAAUUUUGAUCUGCGCCGAGGGGUUAACGUUGGUUUCCAAGUUUGAUCCAGUUCUCGGUUGGGUGACGGUGGCUGGACUGGGACUAUCUGAAGUGUGUCUAGCUCUCCAUUUAAUUGCGUUCAUCAUUAGUCCCGAUUUACGCAAUUUAUCCGGUCGAAAUUUGGCAUCUUUAUCGUUGGCUCUCUUUGCUGCAUACGGCUCUUUCAUCAUAGCUCAGUUUGUUCCCACUGGUGGCAACAUCUGUGUAGCAGUUGCAUUGUGUACCUUCUACUUCUUUCUCUCUGCCUUCUGGUGGACAUCAGUUUUAGCGUGGGAUGUGUGGCGCACUAUCCGAUUGGCUACCGUUCAGCUGAGGUGUUCUUCCUCCGGUCAGCAGUGGGGCAAGUUUAUUUUGUAUUCGAUGUACGCCUGGUUGCUACCUGGAUUAAUUGUAGCCGCAGCUGUGGCUGUUGAGUACGUUGACACGGAUGCUUUUUCCUGGAUGCCGACAGAAUACCGCCCAUUUUUUGGUCGCAACGUGUGUUGGUUCGGUCAACGCAAAGCUAUUCUGAUCUAUUUCGCCGCUCCGUUGGCCGUCAUCCUCUCCAUUAACCUAUUGCUUUUUAUCAGUUCGGCUUACAUGAUCCGUAGUACCACUGCGAAAUCUCCUACCUCCAGCAACCAAGCAAGUUCGCGCAAACAGUUAGGCUUGUACGUUCGACUUGCUCUGAUUAUGGGUCUUUCUUGGUUAGCUGGUUUGAUUGCUGGGGCUGCCGAUUUUAUGCCUUUGUGGUACGUGUUUGUUGCCCUGUGUUCGCUUCAGGGUGUUUUCAUUCUGUUAGCCUACACCUGCAAUCCUAAGGUGGCAAGGUCCAUCCGUAACAGGAUUUUGGUGUGCCGGAAAACCAAAGGGUGUCAAUCCACUUAUCGUACAGCUCUUGUGGGAGGUCUUAGUCGAAGUCAAGACCUCAGACGCUUGGGUAAAGGAGGAAAGGGUAAAGUUGAAGCCCGGGAUUCACACGACUCGCAGAUUUCCCAAACGUCACAAACUUCCCUUACUAAAACAAGUUCAACAACAACUCCGUGAGCAAAAAAAGUAAUCACGAGAAAGAGCUGAUGGUAUAACGUGUCUUUUUUUUUCUCUUUUUCUUUCUGUACAUUUAAGAUGUGGAAUUCGUCCACAGUUGUGCGUUUGUAUGUUGAUCUUUUAGAACGCACUGCGAUGUUCAGUUGUUCACCAAUCAGACUGCAAAUAAUUGAUACCAAAUGUUUAUUAUUAAUUUUCGUAUUGGACGACGCUUGUUUCUCCAUUAAGAUUGGUUGGCUGAAAAUUCGUCUAUCCAUUUACAGUAUGUACUUACUUACUUAAGUGUAUGAUUACACAAUAGCCUGUAUAACGUGUUUGUCUAUUCUCCUUUCCCUCUCGUUUCACUAGUCGUAGUUCUUGCUAUCUGGAUUGUAUUCUCCAGUGAUUGUAUGUCAAAUGUGUACGUUAAAAUGUUUUCUUUUUGAUACUUUGAGUGUGAUAUAGAUCUAACUGUGUAUGUUGAUAAGUUUUGUGUGGAUUCAAAAGUGGGUUUACCAGGUCUCAAUUUCAAUAUCAUAUUUUAAACGAUUUGUGGAAUUUUGUAUGUUUCGCAUUGUUUUCUUUAUAUUUCACUUAUAUAGUCUCAAUCGAAUAGACGGCUAUGACAACACA